UCUCCCCCACUCUUCUGAGAGCUAGGGAGGUGGAACCGAGACUCACGGCAGACUUUUGUGGGGCAGGAGGAGAACCAAGCUCAAGAGACAGCAAGUUCAGCACCAAGGAGCAGCCCAGAGCAAUGUCCCUGGCUGGGGUAAGCUGCCUGGUGACAGGGGCAGGAGGCUUUCUUGGCCAGAGGAUUGUGUGCUUGCUGCUGGAAGAAGAGGAGGCGCUGGCUGAGAUCCGGCUGCUGGACAAAGCCUUCAGCGCUGAGGCGCUCGGGAGGUUUGACAAGUUCAAGGGGAAGACUGAGGUGAAAAUCCUGGAAGGGGACAUCCGAGAUGUGACAUUCCUGCACCGAGCCUGCCAGGGGGUCUCCCUCGUUAUCCACACGGCUUCCCUCAUUGACACCCUGGGCCUCAUCGAGAAGAAGCUGCUCUGGGAAGUCAAUGUAACAGGUACUCAGCUGCUGCUGGAGGCGUGUGUCCGCUGUAAUGUCCAGCACUUCAUUUACACCAGCACCAUAGAAGUGACAGGCCCCAACUGCAAAGGGGACCCCAUUUUCAACGGUGACGAAGAUACAGCUUAUGAGAGCACAUCCAAAUUUCCUUAUGCCCAAACCAAGAGACUGGCAGAGGAUUCUGUGCUGAAAGCAGAUGGCCAGGUGCUGAAGGAUGGUGGCACGCUGAUGACCUGCGCCCUGAGAUCCAUGUACAUUUUUGGGGAGGGCUGCCCAUUCCUCCAAGGCCAUCUGGAUAAGUGCCUGCUGAACAAGAACAUCUACCUGCGCUUCUCCAGGAAGGAGGCUCUGGUGAACCCCGUGUACGUGGGGAACAUCGCCUGGGCACACGUGCAGGCCGCCAAGGCCCUGCGAGCCCCGCAGAAGGCCCAGCACGUCAGAGGCAGGUUCUACUACAUCUCAGAUGACACUCCCCACAUGAGCUACGCUGAUCUGAAUUACGAGCUGACCAAGGAGCUGGGGUUUGGCAUCGAGCCCCGGCUCCCCAUGCCCCUGACGGUGCUCUACUACUUCUCGCUGCUGCUGGAGGUGGUCAGCUUCCUGCUGCGGCCCUUCGUCCGAUACGUGCCCUCCACCAAUCGCCACCUGGUCACGCUGCUCAACACCCCCUUCACCUUCUCCUACAGAAAAGCACAGCAGGAUUUUGGCUACGUGCCCCGCUACACGUGGGAAGAGGCCAAGCAGGGCACCGGGGAGUGGAUUGCCUCUGUGAUCCCCCAGAGAAGGCUGUACUUGCAAAGCAGCACCGCCUAAGCCUGAGGAGGAGCUGAAACCCAGCUAAGCAAGGAGGGCCUUGAGCCAGGGGAGGGCUGGGAGAGCAGCAGCAAACUACAAAGCAUUUAAAUUAAUACUUUGUGUAAGAACACACUGAAACCCCUCACCCCCAACCUCAGAAUAAAUAAAAGUGAAACGUUCA